AUAAAUAAUAGACUAAUGGGAAAUGAGUUUCUCCUGGGAGAUCCAGCGUUCAUCCAAUUCGAAUUCCAUUCCAUUUUCCAGAUGCUGAGCGGAGACCUUCAUCUUCCAAAAACCCUAAACCCUCUGCUGCCCUCUUCCUUCCCCAAUCCUCUCCUCAAGACCCUAACCCUAAGUCCCCCACCACGACCCUGGACCCCCAAGCCCCUCUCCCUCUCCCUCUCCGAUUUACCCUCUCUUCCCCGCUACAAUGUGCCCGGCCGCCGCGAAGUCCGCGCUCUCGCCGGCCGGAGCAAGAAGAAGCCCGGCGGUCCCUCCCCUGGUCGGAUCGAGGGAGGUGCUGGGGUCCGCCGGGAGGCCAAGCGGAACGCCCGCAGGAAGAGCCAGAAGCUCGCCGAGUCCCUCUUCUACCGCCUCAAGAAUCCCAACAAGAACUACGCUGAUAACUUCUCCGAGGAGGAGCUCCAGAUGAUUGGGCUUGGGUACGAUCGGAUGGUCAGGUUCAUGGAGAAGGACGACCCCGAGCUACGCCACCCAUACGACUGGUACAAGUACGGCGAGUACGGGCCCUACUCGUGGCGCGGCGUCGUGGUUGGGGAACCCAUCAGGGGGCGGUUCUCGGAUGAGUGUGUCACGAUGAUUGGGGAGGUUCGGUCCCACGAGGAGUGGGAGAAAAUUGAGCAGUUCGAGAUGGCGUCCGAGUUUGGCAAAAGAGUGAAGGAGAUGGAUAAGAACGUCGGAUUCCGAUAUUUCUGGGUCUUCGUCAGGCAUCCGAAGUGGAGAAUCUCCGACCCGCCUUGGGAGCAAUGGACAUUGAUCUCCGAGGUGGUCUUGGAAGCCGGGAAGCAGAGACUGGACAAGUGGAGCUUAAUGGGACGCUUAGGGAACAAGGCGAGGAGUUUAGUCACCCAAUGCGCUGCGUGGAUGAGGCCCGACAUAAUCUAUGUUAAGAGGCCCGUUUAUCAGUGCCGGUUCGAGCCCCAGGACAACUUUUUCCGGGCUUUGACGCCCUUCCUGGACCCGAGAACGGAGAGAGAGUUCCAGUUCGAGGUGGUGAAUGAGGAUGGAAGUGUUGAGUUGUCCACUUACUUCGGUGGGUUGUGCAAGAUUGUGAAGGUGAAUCCAAAGGCUUUUGUCGAUGAUGUGGUGAAGGCGUACGAAAGGUUGAGUGACGAGAGGAGGAGCGAGUGCUUGAGGUUUUUGCUGGAGAAUCAUCCUGUGGAGUUGUUGCAUCCGUACACAAAGGAGUGGAAAGCAAAGCUCGAGGAGAUGGAGUUGGGCUGUGAUGCCCCGGAUGAGGAGGAGGACGAGUGGCGGGCCCGAGGUGAUACUGGCGAUAAUGAGAUUGUGGAUUGGAUCGAAGAUUUUGGUGAUGAUGAGGAUGAGGAUGAUGAUGUGAUUGAGGAUGUGGAUGAUGAACAAGAGGGUUCGGAUGAUGUGGAGGAGGAUGAGAAGUUUUGGGAAGAGGAGUUCAAGAAGGCAGUGAGUAGCUCCGAGAGGAUGGAGCUGUUGGCGAAGAGGAGCGUAGAGAAGUCCACUGAGUUUUAUAGGAGCCAGAUGAAGCCGAAGGAGAAAGGAAGAGAUAACGAUGGGGAUGAGACCGAGCUGAGGGGAAAGCGGGCCAAAGUGAGCCCUCAAGAGUGGAAGAUUGCUGGAAUUGGGCCGUGGAGGAAGAGGAUAAAGAAGAGCGAGAUUCCGCCGGAACUGUUUUUGAAAGCUGCAGUGAGGCCAUUCACUUAUCGGAACCUCGUGAAGGAGAUCGUCCUCAUGAGGCAUGCCAUUUUGGAUGGUUCAAUUGGUAGCAAAGCUUGAGAUUCUCUUAUUACAAGAAAUAGCGGGACCGUUAAAAAGGUUGCCGAUUUGUGCAAAAUGCUGAGAGAUCUGUAGAGCAUGAGCCGUUGAUUUUGGUUGUAUUCUGAUUGAUCCAUUACAAGGCCUUCAUUUUGUUUUGUGUUGAAUACAAGUAAAUGAACGACUUGCUUCAUUCCUACCAUGCAACUUGAGGAAGCAACUGAGAAGAA